CAGUGCGCCUGCGCCAAAGAUUUGAAGAGACUCCGCCAUAUUGAAUCCCCGUAGAAUUCGGCGAGUGUUUUGUGUCCAUGAUCCAGCGGCAUCUCCGGGGCCACUCAGUCCUCCCACUCCAUGCUCCCGGCUCUUUUCAGCGCGUCAACAAUCGCCCGUCGUCGUUCCGCACGUCUCUCUAGUGUCGGGGGGUGGGGGUGGGAGGGGGUCAGCGCGGCAUCACCACGGCUCCGCUGGCGUCGGCGGGGAAAGAAGUUGAAUGGAUCCGAGGGUCGCUUGGAUCCAGCCGGAGCAGAAAGGACCUGCUAACGUCUUAUGGAUGCAGGUGUGGGAGACCUCUCAGGGACUUGGGAUUCUCUCCGCCCAGCAGAAGCACAACCAGUGCGGGAAAAAUGCCAGCCUGACGGGCAGCCAUCACGGCGGCAUCAUGAACGUCGCCGUGUCCGCCGCCGCCGCCGCGCCGGCGAUGACGCUGUCCAACGGGGGCGUGCACACCUGCGACACAGGUGAGGCCCGGGGAGUACUUCCUCCCCAGGACCCCGGGGCGGACAGGAGUCCCCCCGCCGGCCGCUCACUGGGACAUGCACCCGGCAAUAAGAACGUCGGCGGGGGUAGCUUGCUAUUCGGCUUGGGGGAGAACAUGGACAACAGCCGCUAUCAGCACCUCCAUCACAGCCUGCAGGACAUGCAGCGCAUCUUCACUUUGCAGCAGUUGUGCGCCAAACGCCAGCAGGUUGCCCCUUCCGUGGCAUCUGGCAACCACGCUCACCACCACCACUACCACCAUCACCACCACCACCAUCACCCUGGCCGGAGGAAAAAUGACAACAAGGCCAGCACUUACGGAACCAAUUACUGGCUUUCCGACUGCACUAAUGGCAACUAUGCGAGCACUUGGACGCCCUGGAAGACGAGGAAUUACAGCCCCGGGGUGCUGGGACUCCACGAGGAGGUGAUGGACUUCUACAACUUCAUGUCUCCGCGGCCAGAGGAGGCCGCCAUGAGGAAGGAGGUGGUCAAGCGAAUAGAGAGGAUCAUCAAGGAGCUGUGGCCCACUGCAGAUGUGCAAAUAUUUGGCAGCUUCAGCACGGGACUCUACCUUCCAACAAGUGACAUUGACCUGGUGGUGUUUGGGAAGUGGGAGCGCCCGCCCCUACAAGAGUUGGAACAGGCUCUUCGCAAGUACAACGUUGCGGAGCCGUUUUCCAUCAAAGUGCUGGACAAAGCUACUGUGCCAAUCAUCAAGCUCACAGACCAGGAGACUCAGGUGAAAGUGGACAUCAGCUUCAACGUGGAGACGGGCGUCAAGGCGGCAAGUUUCAUUAAAGAUUAUGUCCAGAAGUAUCCGGUGCUGCCUUACCUGAUCUUUGUGCUGAAGCAGUUCCUGCUGCAGAGAGAUCUGAACGAAGUCUUCACGGGGGGAAUCAGCUCCUACAGCCUCAUCCUCAUGGUCAUCAGCUUCUUGCAGCUUCAUCCUCGUAUCGACGCCAGGAACCCCAACGAGAACCUGGGGGUCUUGCUGAUCGAGUUUUUCGAGCUGUACGGUCGCCAUUUUAACUACUUGAAAACAGGGAUUCGCAUCAAAAAUGGAGGUGCCUACAUUGCCAAAGACGAGAUGGCCAUGAGCAACGGUUACAGGCCGUCCAUGCUGUGCAUCGAAGACCCGCUGCUUCCAGGCAACGACGUGGGCAGGGGCUCCUAUGGCGCCAUGCAUGUCCGACAGGUCUUUGACUACGCCUACACUGUCCUGAGUCACGCCGUGUCGCCGCUCGCCCGCUCCUAUCCCAACAAAGAAUCUGAAAGCACCUUAGGAAGAAUCAUCAGGUUGACCCAGGAAGUCAUCGAGUACAGGGAGUGGAUCUUCAAGAAGUGGGGGGUCAGGGAUCUGCUGCGGACAGAUAACAGAGUGCCGACGCCCAAGGAGGCGGGGUCUGAGCAGGACCCCAGCUGCGUGGGUUCGGAGGAGCAGCAGAGGGACUCUGUGUCCCCGCAGAGCGCAGACUCACCCAUGUCCAUCUCCAGUCCUCAGCAGCACUCUUCCUCCUCCUCCUCCUCUGUCUCCUCGCUCUCAGGAUCAGAUAAUGACUCUGAUUCGGCGCCGCCAUGUGCUGUGCCUCCGCCUCCUCUGCCGACAUACCCGUCAUUCCCGCCGCUGGGCCUCGCUUUCCCACCCGGGUUCAGUAUAGCCACGGGCAAGCCCACAAUGGGGGGGAACCACCUGCUGUUGCCUCCAGGCUCACAGGCCCGCCUCUCACUCCCCGGGGGUCUCACAAUGCACUCCAUACCUGGCAGACAGGUGUGUAUCGACACCGGUCUCCCCGCCUUCUUCCACAUGCACCCGUCAGCCCACGCCCCCAACCCUUCCAGUCCCCAGCCUGCGCCCAGCCCGCACUCCAACCACACCCACAAGAGCGGACCCAAGUUCAACGUGAAGGCCUUCCACAACCCGCCGCUCAUCAACACCCAGGUGGCGGCCAGCCGCGCUCACACGCACACGCACACACAGUACCACCGUAACACUUGGCGGCGCAGAAAGAGGGACAGCCUCCCGGUUAGCCCCAGCCGAUAGAGAGCGCUCCACCCUUAUCUUCACAGAGACCAGCAGUCUUUACCGGGCGAGGGCGCGUGAGGAGCAGCCGACGGCUCUGCUUGCCUCGUAGCGUUUCAGUAUUACGUUGCGGUCAGCGUUCAGUCUCCUCUGGUGUCGGACUGGAGCUGCCUUUGACCUCUGACCCUCGCAGCGAAGCUGUUCAAGGCUGGGUUUAUUCACUUAAGAUUUUUUUUUUUUUGAUUUUGUGCAAUAUUUUAUUUGCCUUUUUUUUAGGGGAACGGAACAAAAUGCUUAUUUAAUUGCGUGUGUGUAUGUCAAAGUCGUUUUUUAUCAUACAGUUUAUUUUUGUAGUGUUUUUUUUUUUUUUUACGGCAUCUCUGGAGUGUGUCCAACAGAUGGAAGCCCCGCCCUCUUCCCUUCUGUCACCUGUGCGACUUGGAAAGGGAUAAGGAGGGCUUAUCUUUAAAAGCCCUCACGCUUUGGCGCCUCCAUCCAUCUUGUGACAAUAGACCAGGCCAGCCCUAGGGGAAAAAAAUUGCACGCCGCAAUUUUUUUUUCCCCCUGGCUUGAUUGAAGCCGUAGUAUUCCCGUCACUGCCUUUUUAUUUCACGUUUGACUGUCUUUCUCCACACUGGAGGUGCGUCCGCCUCGUGGAGUCACUCCUUGAGUCGUGUGCCUGGCCAGCAAAUGACUCGCUUGCACUAAGUCUGAGCGCGACCGCGGCGUGGAGCUGUAAAUCAGCGCACGCCGCCGCGACAAGGUGCUCGGCGAUAAGGGACUUCCCUUUAAGGUGGCCCUCCUACAGUCAAAGGGAUUUAUAUUUUUGAUUCUAUUCAGGACUCUUGUGUAUGUUUGAUUGGCAGGUACUUCCGCUAAUUGUUUGCAAAGCCUUUCUUUUACGUUUACUUGGCGUGUGCGUGUGGUUGUUUCCGGUGCUCACACACUGACGUGCUAACGACGCCACCGUGCACGCCGCUCUUAUUUCUAUGCAAGUGGCUUAUGAGGAUUGUCUCGCCUUCUUUUCUUCCCCACCCAAAUGAUGGCAGACAGCCUGGCCCGAUUUUACUGAUACGUGUGUUUGUGUGUGUGUGUGUACGAAUGAGCCACAGCCCUCCUAGGAAUAUCCUGACUGUUCAUUUAUUUACAUUUAUCCGCCAAAUGUAACGAAAAGGGCAGGGGUGUCCAAUCUUCAGAAGAAAUCUGCCACGCUGGUUGCCUCCAACUGUGUUUUAAAUAGCUGACGGUUUAACUGGACUUGAUGUAAAUUCAGGUUAAUGAACAUGAAUUGCACUUUGACAUGCACGAAGAAGAGCAUUUUUAAUCGAUGACUCAAUCCAAACCAACCCUCCCCACUACAGGCACAGGUAAACUAACAAAAAAGGUGAUCGGUCACCUCCUCGCUGAACUUUGUGGAUAUUAUACAGAAAAAAAAAUGUCCAAGCACAACACAUCAUUCAAAGUGACACCCGUUUAAAUCCCUUGCAGUUUCGGCCCACCGCUUGUUUUCUAUUGGCCCUCGGCAAUGUAACGAGUUCAUUAUUAGUCACACUUUUGAAAUUGGAUUAAUCCUGAUUAAUCACAACUCCUACUCGCUUGCAUGACUUCAGAUUUAAAUUCCAUUAAAAAGGUCUCAAUACUUGGUCACAAAUGUCAUUUCAUUGUUCAAGUCCGUUUACGGUAAAGGAGCAAAAUAAACCGUGAUUAAUCUGCGUAUUGACAUGAUUAAUGCAAUGUUUUUUUUUUUGUGAUCCAUCGUUAUUUUUGACAGCCCUCGUUAGACUUUAAUUUUUUUUUUGGUCACCUCCAACACAAAGCUGACAGGGAUGUUUUGUUCAGCGAGCUUAGCAUAUAUUGGCUCGACAAAAUCUGUCAAAAAUGCCCCCCGUUGGACUGAACGCGGCCCUCGCCAGUUAAAGUUUGGACACCCCUGCCCUACAUGAUGGGAAAAGUGCAAAACACUCUCCUCACUUAUCGGCCGCUUUUUAGUUUGCUUGAUAACAAAACUUCAAGGGGGGUGGUCACGGAAGUAAACAAGGCAGGGGUCACAUACUCUUAAUACCUGUAUGAAUAUUUAUAUCAUCAGUACACUGUAAAAAAAAAAUUCUGUAAAAAAAACGGGCAGCUACGGCAGCCAAACGAAAACUACAAAAUUAAAGUAAAACAUUGUGAACCAAAUAUAGAUCAAAAAAAUAUUUACAGAAAUUUUCAUGAAACGUUUUGCGUAAAAAUAUCGUAAUUUUACCGAUUUUUACUACAUUUUUAAGAUCAGCCACCUGUAAUAAAGUGACGAUCAAAUACACAUAAAUAUUUAAAAAAUAAGAUUUACCUUCAAAUUACAUAUAAAACUGUUAGUAUGAACAUAGACUUUUUUAGAACAAGCUACAUAUUUAAUGAAAGUUAAUUACUGUAAUUUUACAUGAAUUUGAAAGUAAUUUGAGAAAACAAUAUGUAUAAUUUGGUAUUUUUCUGUGGAAAAAAAUAGAAAUAUACAUAGUUUGUCAUUACUGGCAUCUUACUUAAAAUAACAGGCAAUUUGUUUAUUUACAGAUAAUGUCUUCAAUUAUACAGUUUUAUAACCUAUUUAAAAAAAAAGAAGAAAAAUUACAGUGGAAAUUUAGAGUAAAUUAACCAUAAAAAUAGGAUUUUCUUUUACAGUGUAGUUAUUUGACAUGCAAUCGGAUUUCUAGAUAUUUUUAGCCCAAUUUCGGCCUGCAAGUCAAAAAGUUAGGACACCCCUGGAAUCCAGGAUGAUAUUGUCUGUGGUUGGGGUCUGAGUCUGUGCAGUGUGUGUGUGUAUGUGUGUGUGAGACAUAAUUUAAUACGUGAGGAAAGCCCCGCAAGGUUUGAAACCCCCGACAGGCUGCGUGUGCGCCCUGAGAGCGUCUUGCACUCGUGCACCUCCAACCAGCUUUUUACAUGGAUAACAUUCACUAUUUAUCUUUCGUGUCCUCCUCACUCUUUGGGCGUGGAGAGCGGCAACUCUGACCCCGCCCGUGCCCGCUGAGCUCCAUCGUGAGCAUCGUCUCCCACUCUCACUAUUCCUUUCAUCGGGACUCGCACCAAAUAAAGUGUAUUUGGCACAUAAAAAAAAAAAAAAAAAUCUAAAGAAAAAGUGAAGUGGUGAUGGGCUAUUUGUGGGCGGGGUCAGAGUUUCCUAACAUCUUCGUGCCGUUUCCGACGUAGCCAGCUCCUUGCUUCAUUAUUUUGUUGUUUUUUGGUUUGUUUUACCCGUGGGUGAAAUGGUUUAGUGAUGCUCCUCCGCCUCUCGCCGCUAAAAGGAAAGUGAAGCAGGACGAGCAGCAGCGAGCCUAAACAUGUUGAAGUCCUGUGUCCUCUCCGGCUGACUCAUGUGAGCGACAAAAACCACUUGGCCAGCUUUUGUUUCGGGGCUGUUUUUUUAUUGAUUUUUUUUUUUUCUAUUUUGUUUUUUAAUAAACAUUUUAAAACCGUCA